UCCGACUUCACGCUCCAAGAGCGUCUAGUUUCUUUACUAUUGCGUAUUGAUAUAUGCACCCUUGUCGUGUGUUUAUUUCCAAUAAGUACAAACUAAACUACACAGACAAGAUAGCUUUUGUUUCGAGUUCAAUCUACUUUAAAUUAGYWGGUGCUUAAUGGUAUUUAACUAUGAUAUUCCAGGUAGCAGGUGCUUAAUGGUAUUUAACUAUGAUAUUCCAGGUAACACCGGUUACGACUGUAACUUCGAACAGAGCAUAUGUCCUUCCUGGGUCCAAGACAAGACCGAUACUUUCGACUGGACACGGCAGCAAGGACAAACAGCGUCGUCAAGCACAGGUCCCUCUAUUGAUCACACAACUGGGACAAGCAAUGGUUACUAUAUUUACAUCGAGACGUCCUACCCUCGAAAGAAUAACGACACAGCUAGACUUGUCACAAAAACGUCCAUUCCAGCAACAACCGCGGCUGGAGGAAAAUGUUUGUCUUUCUGGUACCAUAUGUAUGGUGCUGAUAUUAACACCCUAAGGGUCCUUAUCCUGACGGGCUCACAUAAUACCACAUUAUGGUCAAAAACCGGUGCACGAGGAGAUAAAUGGUAUGAAGCCAAAGUCACCAUAAACAGUAGAGACUUUUUUAAGAUAAUAUUUGAAGGCCUUGCUGGUUCUAGUUACCAGGGUGACAUCGCUCUUGAUGACAUAAGUCUAACGAACGGAGCUUGUAAAGUUUCAUCAACAACCUGCUCUUUUGAGGAAACACUUGUGUGUGGUUACACUAAUGACCGUUCUGAUGACUUUGAUUGGACACGUGGAAGUGGUUCAACAACAAGUGUUGGUACUGGACCUCCUUUUGACCACACCCUUGGCACACCUCAAGGAUUUUACAUGUUUAUUGAGACCUCCUCUCCUCGAAAAACCGGUGACAAAGCUCGACUAAUCGGUGGUAUCCAGUCUAAAACCAAUGGACAAUGUCUGGAAUUCUGGUACCACAUGUAUGGUUACACCAUUGGCACUCUAAAUGUAUAUAGAAAACGACGUUCUCUUGGUUCGCCUAUUUGGACUGAAACUGGUGACCAUGGAAACCAAUGGCUAGUUGCCCAGGUAACAAUUAGAAGCGUCGUGACGUCUUAUCAAGUUGUAUUCGAAGGGGUUAGAGGAAAAGGUUAUACUGGCGAUAUCGCCAUUGAUGACGUCAAACUCACGGAUGGACGCUGUCCUGAUCCAGGGUCUUGUACCUUUGAAAACGGAUUAUGUACGUACAGAAACGCAAAGAAAGAAGAUGAUUUUGACUGGCUUCAAGGUAGGGGGCAGUCUCCAUCAUUCGGUACAGGGCCCUCGACCGACCAUACAACCGGAUCAUCCAAUGGAACAUACAUGUUCAUUGAAGCGUCAAGUCCUCGAAGGCCAGGAGAAAAAGCGCGAUUGUUAAGCCAAUAUUUUGAUAAAAUGCCGUCAAGUGGAAUGUGUGUUUCGUUUUGGUACCACAUGUAUGGCAGCGAUAUUGGAACAUUCAACAUUCUYUGGAAGACUGCUGCUGGGAAUGGCUCUAACGCUGAAGGAAUAAUUUGGACCUUGAAAGGAAACCAACAGAAUAAAUGGCUGUUCGCCAGGGUGACGCUACCAUAUAAAAGUCACGUGAUGAUAGUUUUUGAGGCCAUUCGCGGAAACUCUUACCAGGGUGACAUAGCAAUUGAUGACAUUCAGGUUACUAACACACCAUGCAGUAUAUUACCUACAUAUGCAAACCCUAACAAACAAUCGUCAACUACAGUAGCUCCAACCACAAAAUUCACUCUACCGCCCACAAUUCCUUCCUCCCCUUUUAAUUGCGACUUUGAGAAAGACUUCUGUCAGUACAAACAAGAAAAUCUAAAUGACAUAUUUAACUGGACACGAACGCAAGGAGGUACCUACUCAGUGGGCACGGGGCCUAUAUACGAUCAUACCAUUCAGCAAGGUGUUGUUUUGAGCGAUAACGGACCAGGAUCUCUACAGCAUGCUCUUAGUGGGAAAUGCCUCCAUAUUUUAGGGGGAGCUUUCAAGAAGCCUAAAGAUGGCACAUCUGUCGUGUACUACGAUGGUUGUGGGGAAUCCCGACUUGAAUUCAGUUUCACUUCUGCCAAACUAUGGAAGCAUACAGCAUUUGGUAUGUGUAUUGCGAGGAGAGGAACUGGUGCCAAUGCCGAUGACGUAGUUAUCAGUGAUACUUGCAAAGACACAUGGGAAUUUACGUCAAAAGGAUCGAUCAAACAUAUACCUACCGGCAAGUGUACGCAACCAUACAAAGGUUACCAAYUACCUACUAAUGAUAUGAAGAUGGUGCUAUCCAGUACUUGUGAUGAUGCUUCCAAUAAACAAAAGAUGAAGUGGUCUCCAACUCUUGGAUACUACGCAUUUAUUGAGGCUUCAUUCCCAAGGAAACCAAACGACACAGCUCAUCUAGUAUCCCCMACAUUCACAUCGACCACGAAAUGUCUUUCUUUCUGGUUUCACAUGUUUGGACCUCAUAUAGCAAGCCUUAACGUCUACCUUAAAAGUGGCAACAGGCUUGGUAACGCUGUGUGGAGUAGGACCGGUACCCAUGGCAACAAAUGGAACAAUGCCAAGAUACCACUUUGGAAAAAGCCUCCAUUUAAUGUCGUAUUUGAAGGAGUGCGAGGAACGAGUUAUCAGGGAGACAUAGCUAUUGAUGACAUCCAGGUUACGAAUGGCGGUUGUAAAGCAAGUGUAGAUUGUGAUUUCGAAGGAAAGUACCCAAAAUAUUGUGGAUGGACAAACGUUAAAGGAAAGGAUGACUUUGACUGGACRUACCAACAAGGAAGGACACCAUCUGUGUCAACGGGGCCGAAAUUUGAUCACACUUUCGGCGACGGAAGAGGUCACUACAUGUACAUCGAAGUAUCAGGAGUAAGACCAGGAGCCAAAGCGCAACUUGCCAGCACUCUCAUCAAUSCUCAGAGUGGAAAAUGUCUUCGAUUUUGGUAUCACAUGUACGGCGACAGCGUAGGGAAACUCAACGUUUACCUUUGGGUGAAUGGUGCAAGUUUYCCUACAUAUCCYGCAUGGAGCAGAACAAAAGGACAGGGAAACCAAUGGUUCGUUGCACAAGUCUCAAUUCAAAACAUAUAUAAGCAACUCAAAAUWGUGAUUGAGGGUGUACGUGGAACUAGUUAUACUGGUGAUAUAGCAAUCGAUGACGUCAGACUACUUGACGGCCCGUGUGGUAAGCCAGGAUACUGUGACUUUGAAAAAGACGACUCGUGUACUUGGACUAAUGAUAAUCUUGAGGACGAUUUCGAUUGGCUGGUUGGUAGUGGACAGACUCCUUCAAGAUUCACCGGUCCAUCAAAUGAUCACACUACAGGUUUGGGUUAUGGACGUUAUAUCUUCAUGGAAUCAUCAUCACCAAUACAAACUGGACAAAAAGCAAGACUCAUGAGUGUACGCUUCCCACCUACAAGCAGCCGUGGUAACUGUAUUCAGUUUUGGUAUCACAUGUAUGGAUCUUCUAUUGGAACAUUGAACGUCGUCCUUAAAAAUCGAGCUGGAAAUAGAACAGAGAAAGUAUUAUGGAGUUUGUCUGGUAAUCAAGGUAACAAAUGGAGYUAUGGACAAGCUCCCGUCAGAAGUUUGUCUGAUUCUUACCAGGUUGUAUUCGAAGGAAUUCGUGGUACGAGUUAUACUGGAGACAUUGCGCUAGACGACAUUGUCUAUGUAGUCGGUGCAUGCCCAGUGCAACCUAAGAAUGCUAUUCCUGGCAUGACAACGAAGCCUCCUGCUACCAUACCAACCACUGCAUCACCUGGAAGCGUUUAUUCCUGCAAUUUCGACGUCAGCUUUUGUUCUUGGGUGCAAGAUUCAAGCGACCAUUUUAAUUGGACAAGAACCAAAGGGAGCACGUCAUCAUCAAACACAGGGCCGGCUUUUGAUCACACAUCAAAAAAUGGUAGCUAUGCCUUUAUAGAAACUUCUUGGCCACGAAAACCCAACGAUACAGCACGGUUAAUUAGCCCGACUCUACCAUCCAAUACUCGACCAGGAAAUUGUCUGAAGUUCUGGUAUCAUAUGUAUGGACCACAGAUCGCUUCUCUUAACGUGUACACCAUGCUAGCUAAUAAACAGAGGACAUUGGUGUGGACAAAGAGUGGAAGCCAGGGAACGGAAUGGAAAUAUGGACAAGUGUUUGUUAGAAAUAUCAAGCCUACACAGUUUGUGUUCGAAGGUAUUCGUGGUAAUGGUUACCAAGGAGACAUAGCUCUUGAUGACGUAUCUAUAUCCUCGAGUAAAUGUCCACCCCUUAAAGAAUGUACCUUUGAAGACAGUGGAAUGUGUGGAUGGAAAAACGAAGUCACAGAUGACAUCGAUUGGAUUAGACAAAAUGGCGCUACCCCAAGUAGUCAGACAGGUCCACCGUUUGAUCAUACWUAUGGAACAGCUCAAGGAUACUACAUGUACAUCGAGACCUCUUACCCAGUUACCGCCGGCAAAAAGGCUCGGCUUGCAAGCCCAACGUAUUCCAGUACAACUGGCAAGUGCUUGUCGUUCUGGUAUCACAUGUAUGGCUCUUCUAUUGGUACUCUCAAUGUCAAGAUCAAGAGAUAUUUCAUUGGUAGACCUUUCUACUACCUCCGAUGGUCRCGAUCUGGUAACCAUGGUAAUCGCUGGCGUAUAGCACAGGUAACGAUUCGUUCAAGUUCGAACUAUCAGAUUGUCUUCGAAGGAAUCAGCGGUAAAAGCUACACUGGUGACAUUGCUAUCGACGACGUCAAGCUUUCGGACAAUCCUUGCCCCCCUCCUGGUGACUGUACUUUUGAGAACGGUAUGUGUACAUGGGUUAACACUAAAGGUGACGUAUUUGAUUGGACAAGAAAUAGCGGAACGACACCAAGUUAUCAGACAGGCCCAGCAACUGACCAUACCCUUGGCACCAAAUAUGGACACUACAUGUUUAUCGAGACAUCGUCACCAAGGAAACCAGGCGAUAACGCGUUCCUUGAGUCCGAGGAAUUCAAYCCAACUGGUUCAACGGGCCGAUGUCUAAAGUUCUGGUUCCACAUGAUGGGCUCAGGAAUCGGUUCACUCAAUGUUUGGAUCAGUGAAAAUGGGACAAAGGGCAUGAUAUGGAGCGUGAAGACACCCAAAGCUAAUAUMUGGGAAUAUGCYACAGCACCAAUAAAAACAAGUCAAGUAUACGUGAUUACAUUCGAAGGUGUGCGAGGUCAAAGUUACCAAGGAGAUAUCGCUAUUGACGACAUUGAGUUUGUUGUUGGCACGUGUCCCAUUGUUCCUGUGCGAGCCAAGCCAACUAAUCCUUGGACAACACCAUCAAGUGCGCCUACAKUAACUACCAUAGGACCAACAGCAGCCCCGUCCAAAUGGGACUGUAAUUUUGAGAAAGGCUUCUGUUCUUGGAUACAAGAUACUACUGAUAGAUUUAACUGGACUCGUGCUAAGGGCUCUACUGCGUCUUAUAACACUGGUCCUACAUCAGACCAUACAACAGGUUAGAAAACGAAUGAUGACRCUG